AAAUACAUGUAGUCUAAUCUAGAUUCUAAUUCAUUAAAUAUCAAGCUCGAGUUGAAUAAAAAGCUAGAUCUAGAACGAACGCUCCAAUCAAUCAGAUCAAUAGAAGUAAGAGUAAUACUUUGGCGUCACUUACGAAGAAAAGAAGAAAAACCUACAUAGUAGGCCUAUUAGAAAUGUUUGACAGAGAAUAUGAAGAUGAUAAUAUGUUGGAAACUCCUGAGGCCAUUGAAAUGGAGAGAACAGAGACGAUGCCAAAGCAAACAGUUAAUAAGCUUGACAGUUUGCACAGCAAAUUGCUGAGUCACUACAAUAAAGGCAUUAGAAAACCAAAAUUGAACAUUCUGAGCUCUCCAAUGACACCAGAGACUGUAAACAAGAUAGCUGUUCCUUUGUAUCUGUUCACCAUGCUGGCCACCUUUGAGAUCGGUUUGUUCCACGUUAUGCCUCUGAUGUACCAGGGCAGAGAUGACCUCGUCUUUACCCAGCAGGCAGUUGUGGUGUUUCUCUUUGCUGAGAUCAUGAUGAAUUGGCUUGGCAUAAGAUAUGUGGACUCCUCCUAUAAACGCUUUAUUCAGAAACAUGGGGACCCUCGGACGAAGACCCUUUCAAAUGGCAACUUGGUAGAUAAACAGGCACAUUCAAAUUGCAGCUCUGAAGCGACUCUAAUGACGCUGAUAACUGAAGACGCUGAGCCUGUAAGGUCAACAAGGAAGUCUUCAAGCUCAACAACUUUCACUCUAGCCUCAAACAACAGCAGUGACCCAGCCCUGGAAGCAGCCAAAGCCAAUGCCGAAAUGAAAAGGAUUGAUGAUCAAAUCAACAGCAAAUCUAUUAAUGACCUGAUUGGUAAUUCCCAAGACGGUGUCGGGAUGACAGGCUUGUCGAACUCUUCUGACACCAUAGAUGAGCAGGCUCAGGAUAGUGGUGACAGCUACAGAUGUCCAAAACCGACUAUCACCACAGACGGAAAUACAGUGGUCAAGUCUUAUCCCUACUGGUCAUGGGUGCCCUGCUAUGACUGCGGUCGCGCCCGCCCGCCCAGGUGUCACCACUGCCCCGUCUGUCGUACUUGUGUACUGAAGCGUGACCACCACUGUUUUUUUGCGGGCAGCUGCGUCGGCUACAGGAACCACAGAUUCUUCUUUGUUUUCUUGAUCUACGCUUUUAUCGGCUGCGCCUAUGCGACCCUUCAUGGUUUCCCGUACAUCGCAUUUUACUUAUGGCAGGACAUGUCAUUUCUUGACAUCUGCUUUCCAAUAUCUGUUGUCAGGUUUCUGCUUGGGUAUGUGUCAUUCCACGUAACACUAUCCGUGACGACCUUGACAUUGCUUAUAUACUUUGACUUCCUGACAUUGACCUUCAUCGGCGCCCACAGCUACCUCAUCUACAAGGGCACCACAUCCUUCGAGAAGGCUUUCUUAAAAAGCUCGCUGGAGAUCAAGGACACAAGGACCCUGAAGCAGAAGAUACGAGCCGUCCUGGGGCCGUACUGGGCGCUGACUUUUAUCGCCCCGACACAUUUUGUAUUCGAGCCGGAGGAGAACCCAAUCACGUGGCCUUCAAUCGUAGUUUCAAAACAUUAGGGUGACAUGUAAAUGAAUUAAUUAAUGUGUUGUUGUUAACAUUAAGAUAUUAAGUGAAGACUUUGGUGAAGGUGUUCACAAAAAAACGUAACAUAUGUUUUCUUUAAGCAGAUAUGGCUGCUGCGAUAUUCAGUAACGUAACAAGGUACCCGUGGGCCCGGAUUAAUGAAUACGAUAGAGGGGCUCCUCCCGUAGAUAGAGUGUAAUGUAAAUAAGUCUUCCUGUGUGUAUCGGUUCAUCUACAAAAAGUAUUAGUGUCAUUACACUCAAUUCACUUACUUCUAACAAAGUACUCACCCUUCACCUGGCCUUCAUCUAGCCCUUAGCCUGUUGAACCGUUGGGGUACCACAUAUAAAUGAUAUAUCUGUCGACAUUAUUUCUCCAUUCCUCUCUGUCUUUUGCCUUGGAUAGAAUCUCUUUCAAUGCCAGGCCUGUCAAUUCUUUGAUGUUUUCUUUUCAUCGCUUGCUCGCACCUUCUUCCUUUCCUAGUUCUGUUCCCGUUUGCCCCCUUUUUUUUUGACAAUGGUCAACAGGUCGAAUGUCCUCAUUUGUGAUGCGGUCUUUGUAGGUGAUACCUGGGAUCCUCCACUAAUAUCUUAAUUACAUUGAUAGGGUCCUCCUCCUUUCUAGUUCUGCAAUUAGCGUCUAAGAUUUGCAAGCAUAUAAGAAUAUUGCCAUAAUCAAGGAGCGGACCAUUCUGAUUUUGGUGUCGAGAGUAUGCCUUUGUCUUCACAGAUUGUUUUGAGUUUUGCAAGUGCUGCUGUGGACUGCGCAAUUCUGACCAGUAGCUUAGGUUUAGGUAUUUAAAAUUUCUGACACUUGACAGCUAGUUGGAGCUUUAGACAACAAAGAACCGGAAGCAGACGACACUUUACUAAACAUGCGCUGUACAUACAUUGUUCAGUAACAAUACGAGGAGUACGUUGUAUAGUUCUAAGCACACGUUCUUAUAAAACUAUUUGUUUGUUAGUUUUACAAGUUUCGUAUGUUUUUUACUAGGAAUUGAGGAUUAUUAUGCCCAAAUAAUGUAGUACUUUCAACCAUAUCACUAGAAAUAGUUUCACAUUUCAGCGAAGGAAAAUGACAAAACAUGUUAUCACUUGCUUGCCCGGAGAAACGGGAAAGCUUUGUUUGAAAAGAUUUCACAUGUACAUUCAUUUCAUGUAAUAAACAUGAACUCUGUCUUCAACUCUUCGUUAGAAAUAUUAGUAACAAAGUCAGUCAAUUUCUUUUAAAGGAACAUAACAAUUUCUUCUUUGAGAUUCCAUCUACUAUUCAAAACCGUGUCCAUGCUAGGCCAACGGAUACUACUGUGAAUGUUCUGUUUCCAAAUCUUCUCGGAACUGCCUUUGGUUAAGUCCCCUAGCUCUGAGAAGUUUGAUCACUGAGAUAAUUGGGCUAAUAAUAUGUUUGGUAUUUACUGCAGCUUUGCUCAAACUUUCCCUUUUAUAUUUUAUGGUUGAGAUAUUGUUCUUUAACUUAAAAGAAAAACAAAAAUGUUGUUUUUUCUCAGUCAAAGCACGGACUCCAUCAGCUGUUACGCUUGCCAUCUUGUUCUUAAACUCGUUUCGUAAUUUGCCCAACCCUGUCCUAGCUCAAUCCUCUUGCAAGACCUUAAGAGAUGAGCUGGAAGUUAAGAUCAUACCGACAUCAUUCCGAAAUACAUACAACUUUACCAGGCUGCUAGCAUAUAAGAUAAACUUAUGUUGAAAAAUAUUAAAGCUCUGAAGGGGUGAAGCAGUUUGUGGUAUUUAGUCAAUCACAGCAGAGGUUCUCAAACUUUUUUGACUCGGGGAUCCCUUUAUAUCGUCUAAACUUGCCCAUGGACUCCUAAGUGAAAACAAAACACUAUAUAACUGACAUAGUAAGUAGUACAUAGGCUAGACACGCAAAUAACAACAACAAAUACAGUUUCAUUAAAGGGAGUGUUUAUUGAGAUUAUAACUUUGGUUUAAAAUAAAAUUAAAAAAAUUAAUGACUCAGACAAGGUUGAUGAGAUUCUAUGAGUGUGUUUAUGUGCUGCACAAUGUUUGUAAGAGGCAACCGCAAAUCUCAACGAGCACACAUUUAUCGUCUGGUCCUUUUUUUCGCUGUUCCUAUUGGUCUUAAAUAUGUCACGUGACUUAGUCGGUCUCUCUUAUUGGUGAAUGCAUUCAUUACUGCAAUAAAUCCACGUUUUACCAAAAUGAAAAGACGCAAUAGCCAUAAACAACUUCUGUACCCAUAUCAUCAUCAUCAUCAUCACUCCUUUGAGUUCCUCAUGGAACAUAGGGCCUCGACAAAAAAACGCCACUCUUGCUAGCUUUUUUAUGCAUGGUUUCCCAGCUCUUCCUGGUCUUCUCUGCUUCUUCAAGUACACUCCGUCGCCAUGUUCUUUUUGGUCUUCCUCGGCGUCUUGUUCCCUGGGGGUUCCACUCUAAGGCCUGCCUACCUCUGUUGCUGGUAUCCAUAAUGCUGAUUAGUAUUCAGAUUAUCCGAUCGGAUAAACUGGCAUUUAGCAAAGAAGUUAUUUUAUACAUUUUUCUUCUUUCUGCGGACCUUCUACGGUCGUCUCGGGGACCCUGGGGGGUCUGUGGACCACAGUUUGAGAACCUCUGAAUGACAUUAUAAUAGACAUCCUUAUGUUAGUGAAAUUGUCUAAAUCAGGGGUAUAUUUCAUAUUGAACUGUCUUUUUUUAAAUAUUGAUUAUUGGGAUUCUUUCGUUUUACAGUUUAUGAUUUCAUUAAUAUUUAAAACAGACAUAUAGUAUACAUCUAUCUACAUAUGUCUUAAGUAAAGUUCCCCUUUCAAACCUUGAGGUCUAUAGGACAGAUGAUGUAAAGGUCAUCUGUUUCUGUGGCCUACGGUUAACAAGGGUGUCAUGUGGCCAGCACAACGACCAACCGCCUUUACUUUUCCCUAAAUAAUAUCAGGUACCCAUUAGAACUGGGUGGACUCAGAGACGCCCGAAGAUCCCGAAAUUAAAAUUCCCAGUCUUCACCAGGAUUCGAACCCCGAGCGCUUUACCGCUCAGCCACCGCGCCUCUUACAUGUGUCUGAGUCUAUGAUUAAUGUUUGUUUUUUUUUAUUUUGACAUUUUGACAAGUUCGUAGCUUGUAUGACAUUUUCUCUCAAAACUUAAGCCUCUAAUUAUUUUUAUGCUUGUAUUCAUCAUGACUCAAUGUUUGUGUUUACAUUUUAUACCAAACGGUAGUAGACUAAGUUAUUCACGUGGCUUGACAGCUGUUAAAAUGCCAACAACAAGUCUAUAGAUCACAGGAAGUGGUCAUUAGUGUUUAUAGGACAAGGAUCGGUUACUGUUCACAUUGUUACACAGCUAAAACCUUGAUGUUGGACACAACUUGUGACACAAGUUAAGAGAAGAGAGCAGUGUUUUUCGUGGCCAAAUAGACCCAGUAGCGACCUAUAUAUUCCGCCAUACCUGACGCAGACAAAGCUAUUAUUUGGUUCUCGUUUCGUAGUUCGUUUCGGUCUUAAAUGUCACGUGACUGAUGUAAGGGAACUCCAGCUGUCCUGCCAUUUUUUUUUUAAAACCUUCUAAAAAGAUUGAUUUGAUUUAAUGAGGAGCUUGAAUAAUUUUAAAAGCUAAUAUUUUUAACAUGGCAAAAUAUUUGAUAAAUAUUCGAUACCAUAUGAUAUGAUGCAAUAUGAUAUAACGUCAAAUGAUGCGAUAAAUGAUAAAUGUAUACAUAUCAAAAUGCAUGAAUCGUACAUAUUUGAUACAUAUGAUAUACGAUAUUAUUCGAUAUGAUAAAAUAUAAUGUAAUAUAAUAUCAUUCAUUAAUAAUAUUCAAACCAAACAAUAUGAUAUGUCAUGAUAUGAUACAAUAUUAAAUGAUAUUUAAUGAUGCUAUAUAUAUCAUGAUAUGUUAUUAUACGAUAUGAUAUGAUACGAUACGCAUGAUUUAAUUAGGCUACAAUAAAGUGCUUGAUCACUACUGAUAGACCUACUCUUUUUUUUUUUUACAGAUUUUUAAAGAAUCAUAUGUCAUAUCAUAUCAUAAAAUAUAGUAUUACAUAUGUCAUAUCAUAUCAUAAAAUAUUGUAUUACAUAUGUCAUAUCAUAUCAUAAAAUAUUGUAUUACAUAUGUCAUAUCCUAUCAUAAAAUAUUGUAUUACAUAUGUCAUAUCCUAUCAUAAAAUAUUGUAUU